AUGACAGGCGAUGCGAAACGUGAAAUAGAAUUUUCUUUCAUACCCGGGAUGACAGCAGUUUUUCGUGCUACCGGGAUCAAGUUAAUGCGAGUUGGUUGCAGCGUAUUUGAGCCUGAAGCGACAAGAACUUCCAAGACCUCAACAUGCGAUAAAUUUGAUCCUGUGGACUUGAUUUAA